AUGAGCAAAGAAGAGUCCGACCAUCACAUGGAAAAGAGUUUGAAUAAUGAUGCUAAAACGACGAAUAUCACAUCAUCAUCCUCCAUGAUGGUAGUGGAUGAUUCUUUAGAAACCUUACCUAUUAGGAGUGCAAGAAAAAUUGUACAAUACAUCAAUGAGCAAUUGGAAAAGAAUUCCGAAAUACCGCUACCAAAGAAGAAGGCUAUUCAAUCAGUCAUUACCGAAGAACGAGUAUUAAAAGAACUCGAACACAUACUUGGAAAGGAAUACAUUAAACUUUCAAAUGAUGUCAUUCAUCUAGGAAAUCAACUUGGAAUCAAUCGGAAAAUGGAUCUUGAGUAUAGUGAUCGGCCCGAACCUAUUGUUCUGACCACUCGAGUGAAAAGUAUUUACGGAGGAGAAAAUUUAAAUAGAGAAAGAUCAAUGAACAAACCAAAAACAAAAAGAUUUGAUCAAUCAAAAUAUGAACAUUCCUACAAGUUAAGUCGACAGCAAGAAUUGAACAAGUUAUUAAUGCAGAACUCUAAAAUUGAACGAAUUGACAAACAUGAUAUUGAGGAAAAUGAACCCAUUCGAUUAAUUUACGAAGAGGAGAAGCCUUCUGAGAAGGAGAUUGAAGCAUACCGAGGAGACAAAAAUGAAGAAUUGACAGAUGAAGAAAGAGCUUUACAACAGGCUGUCAGUUACAUGAACAAAUUCAAAGAUUAUUUCAAAUAUAUUCAUAAUAUUAAGUUUUUGAAAUUUAUUCCAAGCAAAGCAGCACGAGCAAUGAUUAUUGAAAAUUUUGAAAAGUAUCUUAUGGAUGCCAAGUACUACAUACACUUUUAUCACAAAUAUUCAUAUUUCUGGGCUCCAGAAUCGACUCGAUCCGUCGAACCAUACAGAGGAUUAUACGUUCCCUUGGAUAAACGAAAAGAAGAAGAUACCUAUCAUUUCAACACGCCUGUAAGCAAAUACGAACCUCUACGUACCAUGAUUUAUCAAGAUUUUCAUGAUCGAGUGAGAAAUGGUCUGCCUCCUUCUCUCGAUCUCGAUGCAAAACUUCCCAGCUUGGCCAUGCACUAUGCAAGAACUACGUUUGUGCCUCCCAUGACAUUGGAUGAAAUGGAGAGGCUCUUCUAUCCUCUCAAUGAUGCGUCUGCCAUUCGAAAACAACAACAUGAAAUUCCAAAAUUUGAACCAAAACGUCCAACAUCGAGGGUCGGAUUUCUUAAUCGGUUUCAACACAAGUAUUUCACACGAAAACAUUUACUACAGAGACAUACCUACAGUAAUAACGCUUCAUUGAAAAAUAAGAACAUAUUUGUGAGUUAUGAUUCCUAUUCUGAAAUGCUAUCAAAUGUCAAUGGAGAAGAUUUUUUAGACAAGCUUUCAAGGUUGAUACUUGUUUUAGGAAAAUCUUUCAAACCAUUUCCAGACUAUUUUCAUGCAGUUGGUAUUUUUCACACCUAUUCAAACAGUUCAAAUAUUUCCAUGGAAUUGAUCAUGCUUCUUUGUGCAUGUUUGUAUAUGGGAGUACCUUUUAUUUCUCCGUUUACAAAAGUGAAAAAUAUUGAGAACACACUCGAUGAUAUUUCAAAUUAUUGUGAAAUACCACUUGUCAUGUCUUCUGAUCAUCGAAUAGUGUCUCAAAUGAUGGGCAUGACCCACUCCAAAGUGAAGCAUGUCUUAUAUUAUGGUCAUGAUGAAUCUUCAACCGAGGAGAUCAUUCAUCGAGGAGAAUUAGUCACCCAAGAUCCCAUCUCUCAUAUUUUGCAACCCACCAAAAUACAUGACCACAGGAUUACUAGUAGCAAUCAACUUCCAACAACAAGUUGGGAAUAUGUUCCAAAGAGUGUGGACACAUCUCUACAAUUACAUCACUUCAAAUCUCUGCUCGCUGGAACUGUAGGUAUUCAUUCCAGUCAACUCGAACAAGCUAGAGAGGAUGCUCUCAAUCGGUUUAGACAAUGGCAGGCUAACACCCAUUCCAAUGAGAAUAUUUUAUUCAUGACAGCAUCCAAUCAUAUGAAUGGAAGGGAAGAAAAAUUAUGCAUGACCAAUACAAUAUUUGAGAAGAUUUUGGAUUCCCUUUCUGCAACCAUGCAUGAAAUGAUUUCUAAAGUGUUGAUGGAUUCAAAAGAAAUGUUCAAGUAUCAAAGAGUUCAAGUUUUAAUCAUAUCCAAUGGGUUUAGUUACAUGACGCCAUUGUUAAUGGCAUUUUGCUUUGAACAUUCACUUUCAUUCUCAUUUGUGCCGAACAAUGUGGACGAAUCAAAAUUGGUGAAAAUAUUGAACGAAUUGAAACCUAAUAUUAUUGUCACGGAUACUCACACGACAAAUGUAGUUAUUUCGCGAUUAUUAUUAGCCAGUACGGAUCAUCAUCAUAACCACAUCAAUGGUCAAGAACAUCAUAACCCUCUCCUUGAGUCGACGCAUUUAUCAGAGUUGAUGAGUAGUGUUGAAUAUCGAGGUUUAAUCACAGAUUGGACAACAUCCAACAUAUUCAAAAACAUCAAAAAGUCAUUCUCUUCGAGCAGCUACUCCAAUAAGGAAAAUGAUUUUAAACACAAUUUAUUGGGAUUGAUUUCCAUUGGAGAAGUGAUUUGUGAGGAAGCUGCACGUACGAUUCUGAGCUACUUACCUUUUUGUUACCAAAUUGUGAACUCGGACUCGUUAAUCGCUCCGCUCGUAGUGAGAGAUUUGAGAUUAGUUUAUGGACAAGAACAAAAUUAUAGUUUUCAAAUUUUAAGCCCGUGGAAAUUUGUGAAUAUGAAUGGAGAAGCAAGAAUAAUUGUGAAAGGUCCGAUUGUUCCCAAAGUGGAUCCUCUUUCCAGUGUUGAAAAUCGAAAGGAAGAAUUUAUUCUACAAGAUUUGCAAGAUAUUGUGUUUGACACGUCAAAAAUGACAAAUCCAGAAGCGAAGGGAGAAUUGAUUGAAAAAUUCGCCAAAACUACAAUGCCAGAUGACAUUCGACAAUCACUGACCAAGUGUCUUCAUUUAAAAGAAGAAUUUGAUUUUUACAAUCAAGUUCUUUCAUUUGUUGAGAAGAGAGAAAGAACGGAGCAUGUCAUUAAUUUGGCAUUCUUUGACAAUUGUUUGUACUCGGCUUUGUUGGAUGAAUUAGAGACGUUGGCUCCUUUACGUGACAUUCAUCAAGCUGAGUUAGAAGAGGUGGUCAAGUUUUUACAAUUGAGAAUUGAACUCACUGCUCAAUGUGUCCAAUUUCAGUUGCUUGAUUUUCGAUUUAGAUUUUCACAAGCCCUCAAAAACAAUCAGAUCACUUUUCAUUUCAAAGAAAAGCCAUUGCCUAUACUCUAUACGAACAAGUACAGAAAAAUAGAUUCAGAUCUAAAAUGGGUUCACAAUGCAUUUGCUAAACGAGUGUACAUAUUUCAAGAGAAUGGAUUCAUAGUGAACUUGGAUUUACUGGAAUCUCUUUUUGAAUACUAUUUGUGGCCUUCAGUGACACGAUGCUUUAUGAUGGCAAUUGCAGAGAGUAAUUUAUUAUCCAUGAUUGUUUUUGGGAAAAUCAGACAGCAAAUUGAUAGAAAGUUAUUUCAGCAGAUUACUAAUAACGUUCAAAUGCAAUACGAGAAAUGUUUAUUUUUGGGAGAAGUCGAAAAGAAAAAUUCAACCAAAUGGUAUUCUUCCUUGUUCCACCUUCAAAGAAACACUUCGCAAAAAGAAUAUGUUGAAUUAUUGCAAACUGUGGUACCAAGUUUUGAUAAGUUGAAAGAGUAA